GAUAUGGUCGACUUUCACAUUUCUCAGAUUUUUCAAGCUCUUGGCUCCCAAGAUAAUUACCUAAGGAUCCAGAACGAUACUCUAGAUGGGGUCGAGAAUUCAGUGGAUGUUGCAACGAAAGAGAACUUGCAUAAACUUGUCACAAUUGCUGAAGAAAUGCUGGCUAAACCGGUUUCCCGGGUCGACUUGAGAUCCGGUUUAACUGUGCCGAUCCCAGAUGGUGGAACCAAUCAGGAAGCUCUUAAAAGGUUUGCGUAUUUAUUGUCGAAUGAACGAAAAGUUCGGGUGUGGAAGAAUAACGUUGAAAAGAAGAGAGCAAUUCCAUUUGGUGGGUGUGAGGCACUCCAACAUUCAUGGAACACUUUGGUUGAUUUUGCGCGUGCAGUGUCGGAUGAAACCAAAGUUGUAUUUUCGAAGCAUGCUCAAAUUCUGAGACCACGCUCCCAAUUUAGGAUCAACCCAAAGCCCAUCGAAAAGUGGAAUGGAGGAUUUAGUUCGGUCCAAAAGAAGCUUAUAAUGAAAUCCACAUUUGCACCCUCUCCUAUUUUCACUCCUCAUUUCAAACUAUUCUGCAACUCAUCCUUAUCUUCAUGGUGAUUCCUGAAAAUGUUUUUAUUCUUUUAUUUGAUUUUGUAUUCGAAGAAAAUUGCAUUGUAUUUGUUAUUAGAAGCGCUUGCGUAUUGAAGAUACAAUUAAUUAAUUAAAGACUAUCGUUGAGAUGACCUUCAAACUAGUAAUAUAUUCAUUCAAGAAUUAGAGGAA